CUCACUCUAUAUAAACAUCACUCUGCUCUCUCUCUCUCUCUCAAGCAAUGGCGUUCUUUCUUGAGGACCCGCGUCCAGGCGUUGCAAUGCAAUCUCUAUUCGACAUUGAAGAUAACCACAGAACCUCCAUCUUGCCUCCUAUCGACGAAAACCGUCGCCGUCGCCGACCUCUCCUCCACCUCAUCCUCAUGUUACAUUGGAGAGGUCAAGAAUUAUUGAGAUGCGAGCGGUCCAUGGAACAUAAUCUGGGAAUUCUUCUGGUGCAAGAUCAGCGACAACAAUGCUUCACCAAAUCAGCGAUCAAUCUAAGCAGGAAGUUCAAGAGUAAAAUGAAGCGAACGACGGUUUUUAAGCAAAAGUUGCAAUGUACUAAGUUUGAACCUUUGUAAAAUUAUUCCGAUAAUUAAUGUAAUGAUUUGUUCUCUUAA